GGUGUUUGCUAAGCCACCUGCCACUCACGGGCACACCCAUCCGUCUAUCUCGCACCGCUCGGAUAAAAUCCCCCUCCUCUUUCUCUCUCUCUGCUGCGCCCAAAACAUCGCCGGGAUGCGCCGCAACCAGCAACGGUGAGGUGAGAGGUGGCCGGAUCCAGCUCAGGUCGCCAUGGCGCAGACGGCGACGACGGCAGGAGGGGCGCCAUCCGUGGGGCAGGACGCUGCCAUGGAGAUGGAGCUCCUCCCCCCCACGACGCAGAGGCCCCAUGGAGCCUCCCUCCUUCUCCGGUGACUUCUUCUCAGGCCCCACCCCCUACCUCUGACCUGCGCCGCCGCCGCCAUGGACGUCGCCAUCUCAAGCCGCCUCCGCGCCUUCGAGAGCUGGAUGCGGAAGCACGGCGUCGUCUGCAGCGACGUGCUCCGCCUCGACGCCAGCGAGGCCGGCGGCGUCAACGUGCGCGCGCUCGCCGCGCUCCGGGAGGGCGACGUUGUUGCCACCAUCCCGCGUCGCGCCUGCGUGACGCCGCGCACGUCCGGGGCCGCGGCGGCCAUCAAGGACGCGCAGCUCGGUGGCACGCUCGCUCUCGCCGUCGCCGUCAUGUACGAGCGCGCGUGGGGCGCCGAAUCGCCGUGGUACGACUACCUCCGCCUGAUCCCGGACUGCGAGCCCGUGCUGCUCGUCUGGUCAGAGGACGAGGUCGCGCGCCUCCUUGCCGGCACCGAACUCGAUAAGGCAGACAGUGAAGCAAGACAGGGAAUUCCUUCGUGAGGAUUGGAAGAAUGUAUGGAGCCACUCAUUUCUUCUGGAGAAUUGGGUGUCAAGCCAGAUGAUCUUAGCCUGGAGAAAUAUUUUGCUGCUAAAAGUCUUCUUUCGUCAAGGUCCUUCCGUAUAGAUAAAUAUCAUGGUUCUGGAUUGGUUCCCCUGGCUGACCUCUAAGCUACAAUCUACCUAUGUAAUUUGAUUCAUUUUAUCUGCUUAUGUUGCAAAUACUGCAUCUGUUACGUUGUGGUGACUGGUGAGUUAUAGUGGUUUGAAUAUUAACAAGGAUAUGUGCCCUUCACUGUAUUUGGUUAUCAGUUUUAAUCACAAGACUGAUGGUGAACAUGUCCACUUCACUAAGUCAGAAGCCUCAGACUCUGAUGAAGAAGAAUAUGAUGAUGAUCAAAGCAAUGCAGAAGAAAUCGACAUGGGGCUGCGGAGGCGACUACGAUGACAUCAUCACGGUGCUGCGGCGGCGGCGACGACGACGGCAUCGUCACGGUGCUGCGGCGGCGGCGACGACGACGGCAUCAUCACGGUGCUGCCGCGGCGGCGGCGACGACGACGACGACAUCAACACCAUCAAACACGGGCUUGUGGAGGCGCCGACUCCGACGGCCUAUACGCGUGCAUAUAUUGUGUGUGUGUGUAUUAAUUAUCUAUAUCAGAUAUGUAUGAUUGUCUGUACACAUGUAAUGUACAUAUUAUUAAAUGCAUGUAUGUGAGUACUAUGAAA